AUGCUUAGCCACAUUGGAUCACGAGAACAUAAUGGGAAGGUACAAGUUUCGAUUGAUGAGGUUUUUGAUCGUUUCCAGCAGUUGGAUGUCGACGCGUCAGGCAAGGUCAGUAAGCGCGAACUGGAACGUUUUUUGGCAGGGGACGAUGUCCAGCAUACGUUUAUUGUUGUCUUUGAGACUGCUGACAUCGGAAUCAGCUGGGACGAUAGUGGAGGAGGGGGUGUAAAAAAUCAGCGCCGUACAAAUUUGGACAAUUUGUUCUACGAGCCCUUUGUUAUCGUUCACGACUUCGCGCAGACGCUCGACUUGGAGAUUGAUACAUCUCGCAGAAAGCACGUCCCAAAGGGGAUCUUGGUAGCAGGAUCAACACCGAAUCUUCGGGCAUCAUUAGCUCGCCUACUGACCAAAAUAGAUGCAUGGUUUGAGCCUGCAGACGGUGGCCCAACGCUGCCGCUGCCAAACCCAGUUGUGAAACGUCAACUUCUAGUUGCAAAGUUGGAUACGCGAGCUUACGCGUUCAUCUCUGACAUUGUUGAUGCUCUCGGAGAUGCUCUUUUUGUUGCAGCACCACAGCAAUUCAGGCUUGGGUGUGUUGAGGAUUCUAAGCGACCGCUCACCCUUUCGCCUCCUGAUGAUGGGCGGUGUGACACGUCCCUACAUCGACACCUGGGUUUCGGUAAUGUGCCCACCGAGAUCCACGCUUACUCCGUGGAAAGUCAGGCAGUGACCAAGUGCGAAUGUUCACAUCGGAUUUGCUCUCAGAGUUCGAUAGGAAUCGAAACUCGCGCGCUUCUGUGGCUGGAGUUCGAUGAAUUUCGAAAAUUAUACAUGACUCAUUUAUUUGAUGACGCUGCUCUCAAUGAACUUCGCACUCGUGUAAAGAUCCGAUUUCGAAGUGAAGAGGAGAUAAAGGCUCUGGCCGAGGAGCGCGCAAUGAUCCAACGGCGAGCAAAGCUCAAGCUAGAGCUCGAAAUGAGGCGUGAGGCCAAUCGUGCAAUUAGAGAGCGCCAGAAGAGAAAAAAUGCUGAUUCUUACUACCGUGAUUGCGAUGGAAACUUGCGCCGUGGCCGGGAUAAGCCUGCACUCAAGACUGUGUCGACCCAAAUGGAGCCUACUGAAUAUGAAACGACAGUCAGCACCAACAUGGCCAUCACGCGGCGGAUGCGGCGCCGACUGAUUCGUGAGAAACAAGUUCGAAAGCGCAAGGCAGUCUGCGCCACUGAGCACAAAGUUGAUGUAUUUAGAGCCAUGGAAGACACCCGCGUUGUGUCCCAGCGUCGGCAGCAAGUUGUGCGCCUAUUACAGGAAGCAGGGUAUACGAAUGUACGUGCCUCGUCACUGGAUGACCGCAUAGGAACUAUUGUAUGUCAUGAUGUGCCCCAUCCCUCCUUUUCUGGGCGAGCCUAUGGGCGUCUUAUACUACGCAGCCAGGUAACUAAUCAUCCUAUUUUUCAUGGCCUGGUCAGGGUGCCACUCAUUGCCAAUCACCCCCUGCAUGCCUUCGAGCUACUUGCGUUUGCCCGCGACAUCAGGCGUCCUAGUGCUGCUGCCUGGCAUGCCUUCUGCAUGCCACCCCUCUGUCGAGGAAUCGCCCGCCAGCGGUAUCGCGAAGCUGCCAGGGCACAUGAUCGUUCAGAGAUUGUUCAUCCUGCAGUCUGGGGUAGUUUUGUCGCGUCCACUGCUACAUUCUACGACGCGAAUUACACCUCACCCACCCUCUACGGCUAUACUAUGCAACGGCAAGUGUUGGAUGCGGGCAGUAGGCCACAACGUACUGAUGGACUCUGUCCACUUCGUCGAAUCCCACGUGGUGGUGGCUGCGUGGACCCGAUUGUAGGUAUCCGGAGUGGAUUUGACGAGCUAGCUGAACCAUGCCAUGUUUGCCUCGGCGGUGACACCACGCACGAGCAUGUGAGCAAAGUAUUCUUGACUUUACAUACUGAUCUUACUACACGCACAGCACUUGCACACGACCGGCAUGUCCGACACAACCGCGCGGAGGUCCUUAUCAAAUCAGUCCCAUGCGGAGCUGUCACAAAACUCACUUUGCUCUGUGAUGACAGCGUUGCUCAUCUGCACCACCUUUUUCGUGCAACCUCGGUGCAUGGCGUUGCGGAUAUUGCCCUUUUUCAUAUUCCAACAGAGCAUGGGCUAGUUGAGCUCGAUAUCGAGGCAUCAAAUGAAGCUGGAAUUAACGACGGCAUGGAACUUCCAAAUCGAGGGACCAUACCUCUCUUCAAAUAUGGGUUAAAUCAGGCAGGCGCUCGUGCGGUGCUCUUCCAUGGUUGUCACACCUCUAUGUGGUCAAUGAUUCACGUAUUCAUUAGCAAUAAUUUACUCCUCGAACGUCUUGAAUCUGCGCUAGAUUUUGUGCCACAUCUUGAUGGCGCGCCGAGAACUCUGCCUGGCUCAGAUUUAGUUCAACAUGGACUCUGGGAUGUUUUUGUUCUUCAAGUUUCUCAACAAAAGCUCUACGCACAACAAGACGAAGCUGCUGAACAGCAGUUUUGUCGAGACCUCGAGAAGCGUGAGAUGGAGCAUCAUCAUGCGAUCAUGCUGGCUGCUCGUCAGGCACGCUGCAGCUCGGCGCGCACCAGCGCCUGCAACUCACCACGCCCGUUCCAUUUAGUCGCACCAGCAUCCGCAAAAUGGGCCAAUAGCCGCCACAACAACUCCCCGGGAAUUCUUUCUAUCCCUAAAAAAAUUGAUCCUCGCCGUGUGUCCGCGGUCAUGGGCCGACCAAGGAUCCACGAAUAUGCGGGGCUCGAGAUGCGGCGCGUGUUGAGAGCAGCCCUUGCCCGCGCGAAGCGUGGUAGUAAAUUUGAGCCUGAGCAACGGUUUCGCAAAGCCCGAGCCGACUGUGAGGGGUUUACAUUGCAGCGGUCGAGCCGCUACAUCUGGAACUUCCCGCGCGACGAGUACCUCUGCAUGGGCCUCUUGGAGCUCGACGGCAAGGGCAUGGAGAUCGAGUUCUACGAGGGCACGGACCGGUGCACGAUGCUGCUGCGCCUGUCGGAGGACGCCAAGGGGGAGUUCGAGAAGUUCUCGCUCGGGAACCGCGAGCAGCGCGCGGACUUGGCGCGCCGCGCCGAAGGCGAGGACGCGGACGAGGAGUCCGCGGAGUUCGACGCGGACUGCGCGGAGAUGGAGCGGACGGCCAACACGGUCGGCGCCCCGACGCUGCGCUUCUUCGAGGACAUCGUCAAGGGGCUCGACAACGCGAUGAUCGAGAAGUACGAGCUCUGGUCCAGCCAGAUUCGACAUCCUGAGCACUGGUCGAUCGCGGACCCGCCGUCGGCGGAGGUCGCCCAGUAUCAGGAUACAAUAGCGCGAACAGAUGCCCAGGGACGGACGUUCUUUGUGGACCACAACACGAAAACCACGUCCUGGACGCGUCCCUCACCUGGAACGCCGAUGUCCCUAGAGACUGACGAGCAGCUUGCGCGGCGGCUGCAAAUGGAAGAGGAGUCCAGUGCGUCUGCGGUAUCAGCGCCGUCAUCGGGGAAUACCAUGAGUGAUGAGGAACUCGCUCGGAUGCUCCAGACCGAAGAAGAUGCGUCGUCGGAAAUUGAACCGAAAGAGCCUUUGGCCAAAGACCGCCGCCUGGCGAUUUUGAAGGUGUGUGGGUCGACGUUGGCCGUAUUCGCAGAUGAAUCACGUCCUAAAGCAGAGCUACGGGUGGAACUGAUUGCAUCGACUCUGCUAGAAUCUUCGAGCCAAGGCAAGCUCCGAUCCAUGAAAGACGAAAUAUUUCGCUGGAAGGUCACCAUCGCUGGCAUCACCUCCGCGAACCUUGGUACUGAGUCUAUUGUCGAAGGAGGCAAAACUGGCAGGGGCGAGAUAGAGUUUGCCGCAGCGGAUGACGCAGAACGCGCGGCGUGGAUAGGCUGGCCAGACAAUACCGUGUCUCUGCAAGAAACUCACGCCAUAUUGCACAUGUGCAUCGUAGCGGGAGCAAACAUGCCAAAAUCUGCGGAUCUCGUGGCCAAGGCAUUCAAGCCACUCUUAUCUGCAGCGCCGACGCCAGAGAGAGCCCAAGCCCUGAAGACACUAGCCAAGGCACUAGGCGCAGAUGGAACUACGUCACCACAACUUGGCGCACUUGUGAAGGCUCUCAGAUCAUGCGGUGCACUAGCUUCAGUGGCAGAAUGCCUUAAAAGCGCGCCCGGGCAGGAGUCGGCAGCACGGUGCACAUAUUUUGCUGCUCGUGCGGAGACUUACACAGCGCGGACUCUCGUGGAUGAGAGGGUGGAACUGCUCUUGCUGCCUCUCCUCAUAGCGCCCGAUGAUGGUCUGCAGCAAUGGGCAGCGGCUGCGUUGGCGCCGGUCCUGGCAGGCGAUCCCUUUCGAGCCUCGAAGAGCAUCAUUGAGGCUGGUGGCGUAUUCACAAUUGUUGCGUUGCUGUCUUCCUCAUCACCUGAUGUGCGUUCGCAUGCGCUUGCAGCCCUCAUCUCACUUUGCUCUGGGGUAAUUGAAGCUGCCUGGCCAAAAUCGGCAGUCGGAUCUGAAGAAGCCAAGGGGCUACUAUGCAAGCUUGUUGAUGGCGCUAUCGACGCUGGGAUUUGCCAUUCCAUUAUUGCGCUUCUGGAAGUGCGAGACGAUGUGCGCGUCGCCACUGCCGCCUUGGAGGCAGUCAUAGCCCUGAGCUAUUCCAGCAAAUCAUUUCGGCGUGUACUUCGAAGUGAGAUUGGUGGCGAUGUGCGCCUUUCUACUCAGCUUGUAACUGCUUGCGGUGACCGACGCUUCGGAGCUCAUGCCCUCCGUGUCAUGGCAGAUGCGUGCUACUGUGUAGACGAGCAGACAGGGGCUGAGGAUCGUGUUGAGUCCGCAGCAGCUUCUGAUGCUGCCAGGGGGUUGUUUGCUGCCGGCGCGCUCCCUGUCGCCAUCGAGGCGCUCGGGACAGAGUUUGAAACUAGCAUGGAGCUGAAUCAAUCGUUACUCCUUGAGGCCUCAACACUUCAAGGUGCGGAAGCUCGUGGUUAUGCAUCACCUGGAAAUUCGAAGCGUGACGAUGGAGCUCGAAUUGCUGCAGCUCUUCUAGCACAUGCGCCUGGAGCGGCAGAAGAAUGUCUUGUUGGUAGCCAGGCUCGUAUGGUGGCGGCUUUAGUCUCUGUUGUGGCUUUCGAGCUUGCGCCGUCCCUUGCGGUACGAGAAGGCAAACCACGUGCGGUGGCAGCGCUGCCAGCUCUCACUUUGUGUGUAUCAGCUAGCGCACGUCAGCAUGAUGCUAGGCCUGCUGUCGAGGCCGCACAGGCUGGAAUCCUGGAGCUUCUCGCAACGCACAACUUCUUUGAUGCAAGUCUUGGGUAUUCUCUCGACCACACCCCUUGCCGUGGUCUUGUUGCCACACGUUCAGCCAUGCUCGUGCAUGCGUUGAUCAUGGCGUGUUGGCGUGAUAGUAACGAAGGUUCACUCCUAGUGCUCGCACUUGCUGCACCACCCAAUGGUCAUACUCUUUCUAGGCUCUGUGGGCUCCUUGAUGGUCUUGUUUCGACUGGUCUCGCAAUUUCGGAUGCGGGUCCACCUCACCCACACCUAGUGGACUCACUCAUGACGGCAAUCCUCCUCGCGCUUGGCUCGCUCUGCGGAGCAGCGCGACCGUAUGGUCGCGCAGCGCACCCAUCAGAGAAGCUUUGCAAACGUGAUGUCGUGCAAAGUCUAGGCUGUGGUCUGGCAAUCGCAGCGGGCCUCUCGCACGAAUCUAGAGAAGUUCAGCCCUGUGAAAAGCGGCGUGCAGCGGCACGCCUUCUUGCAUCGCUUUUACGCAGCGACUGCGAACAGCCAAAUGACAGCAUCAGCACCACGGCCGAGCCUCACCAUGCUAUUGCAGAGGCUCUUGCGCAAUCAGGUCUUGUUGGGGUAGCAGCUGCAUGUCUGACUGACGAUGAUGCCAUAAUUCGUGCGGAUGCGGUCGAUGCAUUUACCGUACUCUCUACAUACGCCCUGCGCGAGGAUCGCGAUGUCGCCCUGGGUGCAGCUGCACUUGGCGAUAAUCUCUCGCGUGGCAUCGUUGCUUCUGAUGCGGCAGCGAAGCAUUCCAGUAGCGGAUGUACGCCAGAGUUGGUGCCACUUAGAGCUACGAUAGCCGUAGAAAAGGCAUUGCAGGCACUUGGAGCUGCGUGUUGCCGUGGGGGUGUCGCAGCACGCGAUGCCGUCGCUUUUUCCACAGGAUGCGCUGGUGCCUUCAUUUCUCUAACGCGCGCCCCGCUUUCUGCACCGUCUGAUUUCGGCGUGCGUUGUGCAGCCAUCUGUCUCACUGCGAUUGCAGCUCUUGCAAAAGAUGCCGAGGGUCGAGCAAGUGCCCUUGCUGAUGCAGGUGCUUGUGACGCUGUUGCUCUAGCGCUCGUCGCUGCAAUGCGUGACAAAGAUGGCAGUAUUGCAAGUCUGCAAACUGCCGCUCUUAGUGCAAUGUCAGCAUUCUCGAGCUUUCACAGCCCACGCCAAGCAUUCACCACUACUGAAACACCGGUUCUCGCCGCGCUAUUUCUCUGUAUCGUUCAAGUUGAUGAUGCGCCUAGCUUUGAGUGUGGACACUUGGCUCUUUCGACGCUCGUGCACUUUGCACAUCCUACUGUUACUGUUAGCGAGCCACAGACCGCUAGCAAGCUGGCCACAGCAGCAAAACAAUGCAAGAUUGUUGCAGCUCUGACCCACGUGUUGAAUGGUGCCUGGCGUCCAUUUUGCGUAGAUACGGCACAGCAUGAUCUCGUGAUGCGGUAUGCUCACGAGUUGAUCACUGCCCUAGCAAAUGCGCCAGCAACAAUGGAGGGUCCAACAGAUAUUGAUACCCUUGAUGGCGACACUUGCCCUUUGGAUGUUUUGGUUAACGAUCGUACGGCUGCGGUGUCCUCUGUUUAUGCUUCUGAGUCUACUCGCCUACCAGACGAAGCCAUCAGCGCCGCAAAAAAGAAAUUUCCGUCUUCCGCCGAACUAGUUGCUAGUGAUGAAAAGCAGCAUUUUGAACAGAGAUAUGGUGCGUGGCUUCUUCGUCGUGGAACGACCAACGACUCCAAACUCAGACACAAGACCACCGCGCUUGCUGGUGCAGAUAUGGCUGCGCUCGUGUCACUCAUCACGGCACCCGAGCCUUUGGAUGAUGCUGAACGUAUCACAGCGCACCUGUCAGCGGUAGAUUGUGCAUGUACAGCUCUUGAGGACAUCAUAGUUGAGGAUGCAGCGGGCACCACUGCGGCGCUCGCUAUCCAAGGUGGCGUCUUGACCCGCCUGCUCAUGCUUGCACCACGGUCGCCAGCCGCUGCUAUGUGCCUUGUUGCGCUCUGCGAAGCUUCGGUUCAUUUUAUGUGUGCCGUCUGCCGUGACUCUGAUCUGGCCGUCUUGGCGCUGGCGAUUACGCUCAUGUCCCGUAAUAGACUCUCUACAGCUCUUGGGCGCCUUGCUAUCAUUGCCGUUGCCGAGGCAACAGUUGAAAGCACAACUGAUAUCAAUGCAACACAGCCUGGUGCUCUGGUUCUUAUCUCGAUGCUUGCUCCUCGUUUACAUGACGCCACGGAUGGUCAUGAUCAUCUGUUUCGUGUUGAUUCUGAUUUUUUCCCAUCGGGUGGUCCCCCCAGUCUGCCUGCAUCAAUGAGUUCACUUCUUGACGCGAUCGCUGUUGAUGACUCUAGCCGCAUUCGUUGUGUGGAUGCUUUUUCUAAGGGCGUCACUCUCCUUCUAGAUACUGCCGCUGUGAAUGCUAUCGCAAAAGCUACUCCCGCUUUGCUGCGUGUACUCUUGGCGCUACCACCGGGUAGCCUUCGUGCACGCGCGCGUCGCGCCAUCGCAAUUAUUGCUGCUGAGAUAGCGGAAGCAACACGCUAUCUCCUUGGUGCUGGCGCUGUAGAAGCUGCUGUAAGGCUUGUGGUUGAGGCCAAGGGAACUCCCGGCAAGACGGCGGCCUCUGACGCCGCUUUUGGUUGCACACUGCUCGCAUCGCUGGUGAGCAAUGCAAAAAGCCGCGCCGCUCGCGCAGCCCUUGCACACGACGGUCUCAUGCCAGCCCUGGUAACCUGUGUCGUCCAGGCAACAGCCUACAAAACUAGCCCUCUCGCAUUUGCUGCGUUGUCCUUAGUCGUCAACCUCGCAGAUGCUGGUGAUGAUGCUGCGGCACAUGUCGCGUCAAGCGAUGAUCUUCUUCAGGCCCUUGCAACCCUAGCAGCGGAGAUAGUGUCGCCUGUAACCACAGGACUGCCGUUGAAUGCUGCAAGUUGCAACCAAAUUUAUGACGAUGGUAGUGUCCAUAGAGAACACACCGACAAAAAGGUCCAUAUAAAGCAAGACCCUCCACCGAAGGCCACGAGGCAAAAUCGGAUGCAUAUUGCCGAGAAGGCCCUGCUUGCUCUAGCAAAUAUCGCCAUAGGACCACGUGCGCAGCGCGAAGCGCUUGCCAACGUCAACGGUAUUCUUCAUGUGGCCGUAGGCAUCCUGAGGAACGCCAAACCAGGGAUCGCCCAGGCUGCCGCCGCUCGCCUGGUUGCUUCUCUCCUCGAAGCACACGUGAAUUUAGACGCUGAAGCAGAUGAUGCAACUUUUACAGCUGCAACCCUAUGCGGUGCCCUCACUAUCAUGACUGAAAGAGAACUGCAUGCAGAGACAGCGUUGCGCCUUGUCCACGCCCUCAAUGCGCUUUUGUGUUAUGCGCAAGGUGCAGAUGCUCUCCAAUCCUCCCAACCAACAUCUGUGCUGGCUAUGCUACUCAAAGUGACGAUGACAAGAUACCCUGAUGUUGCUGAGGCUUGCGCUGCUCAGAUAAAUACUCUGUGUUACGACGCCUACCAUCGCAAAGCCCUCAAAACUGAACAUGUUGUAACUCUAGUCGAUGCUCUCAAGGUACCCGAGGCGACUGCCCUCCAGUUUCAUUGUCUCGCCGUACUCAACUCUAUUGCCCACACUGAUGCGGGUUGCGACAUGAGUGAUGUGAUCAACGACGGCGGUCCUGCGAUAUGUGUGCUAGGCGCGGGCAAGGCAGCUGUGGCUCCAUCUGCAAGGCGACUUGCUGCGAUACUCGGAGCUGAUUUAAAUUCGAUCAAAAGAAACUACAAAAGAAACAACCCCGGGCUAUUUGUUCCGACUCUCAUCUCCAGGAAUGCGAAAUGUAGUGCGCUGGAAGGUGUGGAGUCUCUGAAGAGGUCAAAGGCCGGCGAGGAGCAAGCAAAUCCCAAGUUCCCAGUCGAAGAAGCAAAAAAGGAAUGCCGGGCCCCUGCUGAUGAUAGUCAAAACAAGUGCGCCGGUGGGCCAAGGGCCAAGAUGUGCGUUCUCUUGUUUCGCAUAGAAGGCACUGUGGAGCUGGAAAUAUCAUCGCCAAAGCACGGCGCUGAAUUCGAUAAGACUGCGAUACGCAUUAAUGGCGGCAUCGAUGUGGACGUGUCCGUGUUGGCGGGGACGCGAAAAGACUACAUGCACGAUGCAUUUGGUCUAUCAGUUUGUCUGCAUGUAAACGGCAGCGCCUUUGCUGGUGCUCUUGACUGCGUCGCUGUCGGGCUGGACGAGCAUGGUUGUAUAUUGAGCUGUGACCUGACGCCGAUCAUGCGGCCAGGGUGUGGUGGCGCCACCGAAGUAACCAGCGCACCAAUCUUGGUGAAAAUUAAAGAUAAAAUGUCAUCACAAGAAUCAGUCUCAGGACUCCAUUCCGUCGGAAGCAGGCCUAGGGUAACUCUCGUCUUAACGCAAUUACCGCUUACCAUAGAUGAUGCACAUCGUGCACUAAUGCUAAUUGCAUCAAUAAGAGCACACGAGCUGUGCGAGAGAAAGCGCAUUCACGAGCUCCUCGUUGUUGUGCCCGAUGCGCAUGUUUUUGCCUUAGAUAUCCUCAAGCAGGUAAAUCAUUGUCUCGCGAUUUCAAUCGUCGAGGAAUCCUCACUGUUUGAUGGAAUGAUUCAGUCUACUUGGCCCAAGUAUGCUCUCCAAAUGGCAUUGAAGCUUGUUGUGGCACAACGUGUUACGACCAAAUACUAUAUCACUCUUGACGCAGAUAACAUUGUUGUUGGCCCUCUUGAUUUGACAGAGCUCUUUCCCGGUGGUAAGGGCGUGUUUGCGGCAGAGCCGAGGAGCAUUCACCCACACUGGUGGGAUGGUUCUUCCCAGGUCCUUGGGCUCAACGAAGACGCUUCUCCUGACGCAAUGUCGUGGGGUUUCAGGAUGUGGUGGAGCGAGUACACGCUCUACCGACUUGCACUCGACAAGCGAGACAUCUUUUGGGAACUCCACACCCCCUCCACAACAGAGCCGCUCUGCAACGCUAUCUGGUUUCAGGAAGAGCUUCCCUGGAAUUCUAGGUCGGCAUUUGAGAACAAAUCUUGCAUCUUCUCUCUUGCGCCGAUGACCGCGGCACUCUCGCCGUCGGAGAUGGUGUGGAUGCGGUCUGCGAAGGCCCGGAAAGGCCUGAGGAACGACGGGGGCGACGCCGCCCAAAGUUGGCGCCGCGCGCGUGUCCUCGAGGACGACGCCGACCCGUCGUACCAUCCGCGCCUCGACCGCGCGGAGCGUCGGCUCGAGCACGAAGCUGCGGCGGUCCGGGUCCUCGUGGACACGGGCGAGGUCGUGGCAGUAGACGAGGAGGCGGCCCUUCUUGAAGUUGAUUCCGUUGAUCUCCUGGUCCGCGGGAAGCGUCUCGAUCACGCGGUCGCGCGGGCCCUUCGCGGCCACGAAGAGGUCGAACUCGUCCUGGUAGCCGUGCGCGGGCGUCGCGCACGCGAAGACGGCGGCCUCCUUGAGGUUCCGCGCGAUGGACUCGCCGUCGCUGAAGCGCAUGGCGCGCGUCCGCCGCGCGCCGGCCGCGUCCGUGAGCUCGAGGUGGACGCGGCGCAUAACCGACGCGCACCCGUGUACUGCCGGACGCCGACGCGCCCGUCGCCGAUGGGCGACGUACUUGACGGCCGCGAAGUACUCGAGCCCCGCGGCCGUGAUCCAGUAGCGGCCGUAGUCAGCGCCCGUGCUGCCCUUGGUGGCGUAGCCCCGAGCCACGAGGGAGUCGGACUUGCUCGGGUCAAAGAGGUGCUGCCACGAGCUCCGCGCUGCGUCGAACUGGAUGUUCUUCUUCUGGACGCGACGCUCAGCCGUGUUCGCCGACGCCGCCGCGAGCGCCCGAAGCGCCUCCAGACCAUGCGCACGCAGCGGCAGCGGCACGCCGUCCUCGAGGUCCUCGGUCCGCGGCCGCGCCGUGUCCCGCGCAGCCUCCUCGCUCCCGCCGGAAGCGGUCCUGGCCCGUCGCAUACACCGCGCUAUUUUGGUGCUGGUGGCGGCACCUUGACGAGAUGUUGGAGUGUACCGUUUUCGGGGUUUUAUUCGCGCGCGAACGCGGCCGCGGAGCGACGCGCGGCCGCCGCGCAGAACGCGAUCAUCGAGUGGUCGGAUUGGACAUCGGAUUCCCAUCCGACGCGUCGGACUCGUAUUAGAGCGCAUAGAACGCAAAGGUUUGAAUCUAUUCUCAGGAGAUACUUGUACAUUGGGGUGAAGAUGGUGAGCAAUUCCAACAGUCGUGUGGUGCAACUCACGCUUGAUGAUCGCUUGGAGAUUUCGCCGACGUUAUUUUCUGUGCGUUUGACGGUGCCAAGAAAGUGGUAUGCAAAACAAAUCUUUGUGCUUGUCAUGGCCUUUGUAUCUCGUCUCAAGGAUAAACGAGGUGCUGACCUAUCGGCUUCUGACUUGGAGGUGUUCAUAGCGGGUGAAUCUGUUUCACUCAAAAGAUCUGUUGAGGAAGCACUAUGCGGGAUCUCGAACGUACAUGUGCGACGACGACCGUCACCAAUGUCAGCUCGCCGGGAAAUGCUCCAUCGAGGCGAGACAACACAUGUCCAAGCAAUAGUUGAAAGUAUGGCCGCCGUGCAUGAAACCAGUGUGUCAGCAACAGCUGCCAUGCUAGGACUCUCAAAGUAUCAAACAUGUGAGAGCUUGCGGCGUGCACUACUUUGCCACGGCUGGGCGGCUUGUGCGACGGUGCUGCCGCUGCUUGGGGAGGGAAUAGAAACCGCGCACCUCACCUCUGCUCGCCAAGCAUAUCGUUGUUCGCUCACUUCCGGGCUUGGGCAUGAAGCUUCGAGAGAGGCACUGCACCGCAAAGCGGUCAGACUUGUCUCUGCAAGCUGUGCAGCAGCACGUCGCUUAGCAGCUAGACCGGGUGGUCGUGAGGUGCUCUCUGCGACUGGUGUUUUCCCCUACCUGUGGGAGCCAGGGACAAUGGAGGCGCAGCUCGCUGAGAGUGAAUCUAUCCUUGCCGGGCGCGUCGCGAAGGAAGCCAUCCGCCUCGAGCUGAGUAGGCAGCGCCAGAUGACACCAGCCAAAUCGCUUCGUACGAUGACCGCAGCCCGGAUUGUCCAGGGGCACUCCGAUGCCGCCCUCGGACUUGCAGAGAAAGGCUUCUGCAUCCUAGAAGAUGUUCUUUCGACAUCGGACUGUCGAGUCCUCUACAAUCACUUUAACAGUGCGCUUCAACGCGGUGAACUUUUUGGUCCCGUAAGCAGUGACGCCUGCAAUAACGGGUCGUUCUCUCUUUCAAUCCCAACCAUGGCUGGUGCUGGACCAGAACCGGAUAGCAACGUCAUUAAGCGAGAGAUUGGGCGGCAUCCCGUGAAGAAGGAGGCAUUCGCGAAGGCGUUUGCGCUGCGAAGUGCUCUACGCGCGCUUGUAGGCCUGCCUGCAGAGCUGAUGGACAGGCUCAAUUGCAAGGGUGGCAGAGCAUUAGUCUCCGUCAAUGUACCUCCGACUGUUAUGUGUGCUUGCUAUCCUGCUUUCACGGGCGCCUGUUACUACAAGCACAAAGACUGGUACCCGUAUGAAACUUCGAAUCACCGCGAUCUCACCAUCGUUUUAUACCCAAACAUAGGCUGGACCGAGGAAGAUGGUGGUGAGCUGAUCAUUCACGGUGCAGAUGGCGCGAUUGAAGUCAUUGGCCCUCUUGCCGGUCGUGCAGUUGUGUUUUUUAGCCGCACCAUAUGGCAUGAAGUCCGACCGACCAACACGCGCAGUCGCUUUGCAUUCACCAUAUGGCUUGAUCGCGCACCGCAAGGAAAGUAA